GCUCCGGCCCAUCUCGGGGGGCGGGCGGGGGAGGCGAGGCGGGCGAGCAGGGCACGGGGCACGAUGUCCGACGCGGGCGGCGGGAAGAAGCCGCCUGUGGAGCCGCAGGCAGGACCGGGUCCGGGGCGCUCAGCUGGGGAUCGGGGCCUGCCAGGGUCCUUCCCUCUGGUCCUGAAGAAGCUGAUGGAGAACCCCCCGCGCGAGGCGCGCCUGGAUAAGGAAAAGGGGAAGGAAAAGCUGGAAGAGGACGAGGCGGCUGCAGCCAGCACCAUGGCUGUCUCGGCCUCCCUCAUGCCACCCAUCUGGGACAAGACUAUCCCCUACGAUGGCGAGUCUUUCCACCUGGAGUACAUGGACCUGGACGAGUUCCUGCUGGAGAAUGGCAUCCCCGCCAGCCCCACCCACCUGGCCCAGAACCUGCUGCUGCCUGUGGCUGAGCUAGAGGGGAAGGAGUCCGCCAGCUCUUCCACGGCCUCCCCGCCAUCCUCCUCCACUGCCGUCUUUCAGUCCUCUGAAACCGUAUCCAGCACAGAAUCUUCCCUGGAAAAGGAGAGGGAGACUCCCAGUCCCAUCGACCCCAACUGUGUGGAGGUCGAUGUGAACUUCAACCCAGACCCUGCCGACCUGGUCCUCUCCAGCGUGCCUGGCGGGGAGCUCUUCAACCCUCGGAAGCACAAGUUUGCCGAGGAGGAUCUGAAGCCCCAGCCCAUGAUCAAAAAGGCCAAGAAGGUCUUUGUCCCCGAUGAGCAGAAGGACGAGAAGUACUGGACGAGGCGCAAGAAGAACAACGUGGCGGCGAAGCGGUCUCGGGAUGCCCGGCGCCUGAAGGAGAACCAGAUCACCAUCCGGGCGGCCUUCCUGGAGAAGGAGAACACAGCCCUGCGGACGGAGGUGGCCGAGCUACGCAAGGAGGCAGGGGUGUCUGGUUCCUUCCCAAAGUGCUUAAUUGGAAAGAGUGUUGCUACUGGCCUCUUGGGCGCGGCCCUUGGAGUCAGGACCUUGGCAGCGACCGGAAGGAGAAGUCUGGAGGUUGGCAUUUUUGGGGAGAGAUGCUCAGGUGAGCUUGCUUCCUCCCUGGCUUUACGCACUGAGGCCUUGCAGAGAGGAUUGGUGCCUGCCUGUGUGCCUGUCUGCGGGGGCCCCGGGGCCUCUCCCUCUGGGCCUUCUGCAGCCAGAGCUGGAGCAGCUGAUUUCGGUUUGGUGUUCCGUGGGUUCACUUUGGGCUGGGCAGUCUGCCUCAUCACAGCCACGGAGUAGACAAAUCAUGAAUAAGCUAGAAUACUGCAAAAAAAAAAAAAAAAGUACUCAUGAGAAACGUCUAGAUAGACAAAUACAUAUCUAGAGAUGCAGCAGCCUUGCGGAGGGCCCGGAUGUCCGGACCUUGGCAGAGGAUGAGCUUUGCCCAACUAGUUCCUGCUUGGGGGAAGGCACCGGGCGGCGCCCCCUGCCCAGAGCCAGGCUGACCUCCAGCCGGCAGGGCGGUCCUUUGUGCCGGCCAGCUCUGCACACGGCACUCGGAAGGGCCCAGGAGCGCCUGUUGUUAGCGUGGCAAAGCUCCUUUAACAUCUGUUAAUUAAGUGCAAUAAUUUUUUUCUAGAAAAUGGCAAAGAUGACUUCCAGGUAGAGAGUGCUAUCUUUUGCUGUUGGGGGGAUGCCAGAACACUACUUGGGUUUAUUUUUCUAAGUGCAUGUGGUGAGACGGAGCGCGGGCUCUGCCCUCCCCGGAAGCCAGCGCUCCAGCAGCCCCCGUCUCCCUUGCUUUCGCUGGGGGAAGGCGGCCAGGGAAAGCCCUUUCUUCCUGCAUGGAGUGGGUAGGGGCAGACCACAGCCCAUUGGCCUUACGUGAGCGUGUGCGUGCGAGUGGGUCACUGCUGGUGGCCAGAGUGACGCGGGGAGGGAAGCGGGAAUGUAUGUAUCCUUUUCAAAAGAAAAUUAAAUAUUUUGAGAAAAA